CAAAUCUGCAAGGACAGUUUAUACACCAUUCGUCGAUCUUGAACCAGGCAAGACAACUAACAAAGUUGUGAAAGUAUUGGUAUUGAAGAUGUGGAAAUUCGAAAACAAGAGUACUGGGAAAGUCUGGGGUCUUGAGAUUCAUCUUAUGGAUCAUGAGGGAAAUCAGAUUCAUGCUAAGGUGGGAAAGGAUCACGUGGGGUUGUUCCUGGGAAAGAUGAAGGAAGGAUGUGUGUAUUCUAUUCGAAGAUUUAGAUUUGAAUUGCCAACAACUGGUUACCGCAUCGUUUCUUUUGAGUAUGUUAUGUUGCUGAACAGGCUUGCAAAUACAGAAAAGCUGAAUGAUGACCCAAAAACAUUUCCAACAGAAGUUUUUGAAUUUCUGCCUUUCGGUGAUGUUGCUGGGAGGAGGAAUAAUAUACAGCUGUCAUUGGAAAGCUCAGAUCUGCCUCUAACAUUGUGAAAAAGACGAUUAUUGGUGAUGGUGAUAUCUUGAUGCGAGAAAUUAUGAUCGAAAACGGGGGGGGGAUGCAAUUAAAGUAACGCUGUGGGCUGAGUUGGUGAAAGUAAUUAGUGAUGAUUUAAUAAAAAGUUCAGUGGAUGUGCCUGCGGUUGUAGACUUGUAGUAGUUACUGGCACAACCGUAAAGGAACAUAUGGGUACACUGAGUCUUUCUAGUACACCUGCGUCUAGGGUAUUCAUCAAUCUGGCUGUUGAUCAAGUGAAUGAAUUCAGAUCAACAAUUGGUACAGGCACAGCCGAGAUUGGCAAGGACUAUCUUGAGGAAGACAAGAAUCCUUAUGAUAACAUAGAAACUCUGUUUGAAAUUACCGAGAAGAUACAGUAUGAUGAAAGCAAGAACACCACGUGCUUCUGUGAAGCGAGGAUUGUUGGGCUGGUGGAUAAUGAUGAUUGGUACUAUACGGCUUGCAGAACUUGCAACAAGAAGUUGCCAUUAUACAUUGGAGAUGUGCCUUGGUAUCUAUUCUAUGUCAAGGUGAAGGAUAAGAUAGAAACUGCGACAUUGACCAUCAUAGGGAAAAAUGCUGAAAAGAUUCUCGAUUAUACUGCUAAAGAUCAUGUUGACUAUGAGACGUACUGCCAGGAGAUGAAUCAACAAGAUAAGGUUAUGAAGGUUUAA